CAGACUGUGCGGGACGGUGCCGGACCAUCGUAUUCCUCUUAUCCUGAGGAACCUCAGACUGUGCGGGACGGUGCCAAACUUUCAAAAGAUAAGACAUUUUCCUGUACUGAGUGCGGGAAGCGUUUCCGUUUUAAAUCUGGUCUUCUCAUGCAUAUAAGAUCUCACACAGGUGAGAAGCCACAUCCCUGCCCUGAGUGCGGGAAAAGUUUUGUAGGAAAAUCCCAGCUCGUCAGACAUCAGAUAUCUCACACAGGGGAGAAGCCGCAUUCCUGUCCUGAGUGCGGAAAAUGUUUUUCAAUGAAGUCACAUCUUUAUAGACAUAAGAUAUUGCAUACGGGGGAGAAGCCGCAUUCCUGUCCUGAAUGCGGAAAAUGUUUUCCAUUGAAGGCUAGUCUUUACAGGCAUCAAAGAUUGCACACGGGUGAAAAGUCCCUUUCCUGUCUCGAGUGCGGAAAAUGUUUUUCAGAGAAGUCGAGUCUUUAUAAUCAUCAGAGAUCGCACACGGGGGAGAAGCCAUUUUCCUGUCAUGAGUGCGCAACAAGUUUUUCAAACAGGUCCAGUCUUUACAGACAUCAGAGAUUGCACACGAGUCAGAAGCUAUAUUCUUGUUCUGAGUGCGGGAUGUGUUGUGCACAAAAGUCAGAGCUUGUCAAACAUCAGAUGUCUCACACGGGUGAGAAGCCGUAUUCCUGUUCUGAGUGCGGGAAAUGUUUUAUAACAAAAGCACAACUUGUCAUACAUCAAAGGUCUCACACGGGAGAAAAACCAUAUUUUUGUUCUGAGUGCGGGAAAUGUUUUUCAGACAAGUCCUCUCAUAACAGACAUCAGAGAUUGCACACAGGUGAGAAGCCGUAUUCUUGUCCUGAGUGCGGGAAGUGUUUUGCAAGGAAUUCACAUCUUUACAGACAUCAGAAAUCUCACACAGGGGAGAAGCAGUAUUCCUGCCCUGAGUGCGGGAAAUGUUUUUCAGAGAAGUCCAGUCUUGACAGACAUCAGAGAUUGCACACAGGAGAGAAGCCACUUUCUUGUCUUGAGUGCGGAAAAUGUUUUUCAGAAAAGUCCUGCCUUUAUGAGCAUCAGAGUUCGCACACAGGUGAGAAGCCAUAUUCCUGUCGUGAGUGCGGGACACGGUUUUCAAAUCGAUCCAGUCUUUACAGACAUCAGAAGUCUCACACGGGCGAGAAGCCGUAUUCCUGCCGUGAGUGCGGGACGUGUUUUACACGAAAAUCAGAACUUGCCAGACAUCAGACAUUGCACACGGGUGAGAAGCCGUAUUCCUGUCCUGAGUGCGGGAAAUGUUUUUCAAGGAAGUCCAAUCUUUACAUACAUCAGAGAUCGCAUACGGGGGAGAAGCCGUAUUCCUGUCCUGAGUGCGGAAAAUGUUUUUCAGUGAAGUCCAGUCUUUACGUACAUCAGAGAUCUCACACAGGGGAGAAG